GGCAGGAGACGGCCAAGGAUCGAUCUAAGGGCACAAGAACGAUCGAUGCGAAAAUGUCGCACGGCAAUUUGCUGCAGGGAUACAACUAUAAGACAACAAUUUCUCCACGGAAUGUGCUUUUCGACUUCCUAGGGGAAACUCAGUACGACGAUUCGCAGGUGCAAUUUCCUCGUCCCAUCCCGGAUGAAGUUAUCAGUAGAGAAAACGUACGACAUGUACAUGUUUGUUGUAAUUCCGUUAUUAAUCCCAUUAAAUAUGAAACUGAUGCGGCGGCCAAUAGCGUUUACGAGGUUUACGUGAAAGAGGACUCGGGUCCGGAAUUGAAGAACGGUGAUGUAGCGGGUAUUCCGGGAUCGGGAUCCGUCCCCAAUCAUCACUUGACCCAAGUAAACAAUUGCUACAAUAAUUUUAUCAAAGACGAGGGUGAUUUACUAUUGAGCGAAAUCACUUUCAAGGAGGAAUGUAUGGAUGAUACAGCUAUAGAAUCCGAAGUGAUCAAUAUCGGCAACGCCGUCACGAAGCUCGGCAAGGACGCGUUAAGGUACAAAAUUUUCGAGCAAAGCGUUAGCGCACCGGACAAGAAUGUGGUUGUAUAUUCACAUCCUGUUGUCGAAGCGCCUCCGUCCUCGACAACAACCCGGCUUAUCGAUAAGGAUGAUCCGCGAUCCAGACUGCAUUUUGUAAAAUAUCUAAAACGCGACGGAAAGACGCUCAAAAUUUGGGAAUGCGGCAUUUGUUCAAAAGAGUUUCGCCAUCAGUACACUCUGAUGAGACACUUGCCGACUCAUACCGACGAGAGAAACUUUAAAUGCGAGGCUUGCGGCAAGGCUUUCCGACAAUUGUCAACACUGAGCCAGCACAAAGCUAUACACAGCGAUGCCAGACCCUACGUGUGCGAAUUUUGCAAGAAAACAUUUAACAGGGUAUCUACAUUAAUCUCCCAUCGGAAAACGCACUCGGAACACAAGCCGCACAAGUGUCAUGUGUGCGGUAAAGGAUUUCAUCAAAAGGGUAAUUUGCGUAACCAUGUGUUUACGCACACGAACGAGCGGCCGUACAAGUGCGAGCUAUGCGGCAAGGGCUUCAAUCAGAUGUCGAAUUUGGUCUGUCACAAGGUGAAAGCGCACGCACACGUCGACAAGAUGCAAUAUUCAUGCGGAGUUUGCGGAAAGGAGUUUCCACGCAGAUUCGCUUUACGCUCGCACGAGGAGUACAAGCAUGGUAUUAAGUAUCGAAGCACGGGCAAUGUGCAAUCCACCACGAACGAGACCGGAAACGCCGGAAAAAGUAAGAACGUUAGAAUUAUUCAAUUGUCCAACGGCGAUCGGAAUCAAAUGAGUGAAAGCAGAGAGAAAGAUUAUUUUGGCUCGUCGGAUAUGGUGGACAGCAUCGUGAUAAACAAAAUUGAUACGAAAGCGAUGGAAAUGGCAUUGCUCCAGGGCCAGACUCCUUUCGCUCUUUACAAACCAGCGAAAGGUAUACCGAUACUCGUUAAAAUUUCGUCCACUGCGAAUAAUAAACAUUUGUCGCCCUUGACAAUUAUACAUCAUUUAUCACAGAUGCUUACACCCGCGACUGCCGAGGAUUUGCGAAUAGCGGGAAAAAUAACCGUGAAUUCUACCGAGGCUUCAGACGCAGAUGGUAAUAAAGCUGUUCAAGUGAAAGUACCAGUAGUUGCAACUGUGAUACAGAAUAUCGAACCCGAUGGCAGAUCCAGCUUCGUCAUUGAGCCUCCCGGCGCGGAACAGGAGCAAGAUGAUCUGGUGACAGCGCUGGACUCGCAGUUCUCGCCCACUGUGCUCAAUCGCAAUGAGCCGGACCGGCAAAAUGGCCCGAGCUCAACUACGUCGAUGGACGAGUGUAACGAGUUACUGGAACUGGCUGCGCAAGGUGGAAUACAGUUUGUUCGUGCCACAGAGGACGGUCGUUACGAGGUCAUGACGAACAGCGAAGCCCGCGACUUAAUGGCGCAGAAUUCCCACGACGUAACGAUUCUUGACGGCGAACAGGCGGACGCCAUCAAUCUCGUGAAUAUACGCAAUAACGGUGACGUCAUCAUCGGCGACAACGAUAAUCAGAUCAUGGUACUGGAAUCCGGCCAGAAGUCCAGCGGUAUGCCAAUGGACGGCAUUGAGAUCCUUGAGGAUAAAGACAUUAGAAUUCUCGACAGUAAAAGCCUCGACGAUCGUUUCGUGGAUGGCAUGGCAUUCCUUUCCCAGACUAAAAUCGAUGAUCUCUUGCUGGGCUCCAAAUCGCUGCCUAUCGAUGGAGAUGGCUCUCUCGCUAGCCAUGACGAUGAACUGUCGUAUCAUAACUUUUAUCAAUGGUUAUCGAUCCCAGCAAUGGCUGUGACAUCGAACCAGCAAGAUCUAACGAGCAUCUUGGGUCAUCCUUCGAACCUGACCAGCUCGCAAUCCUCGUUAUCGUCUCUGUUAAUGAAGAACCAUCCGCCAUUGUCGUUGUUGAGCGAGACAUUACCGUAUCUAAAGAGCAAUCAGAGCCUUUCGGAAGAUUUAAAUAUUCUCGGUGUGCCCCCCAUGGAAGAUCAUCAUUCGGUUCAGGAUUACGACCCGAAGAUGAAACUGUCCUCGGUCUUCGACGACGACUGCGAUACUGGUUUAAUAUCCUUCGGUCAAUCCGACAUGAAGAUGCUCGACUCCGGAAGUCAGUGUAUGAAGUCUUUCAGUGACAGAUUUUCUCUACCACCGCCGAAGAUGUAUCCCGGUCUAAAUGAAAUAAAGAUCUUAGGACCGAAGACUCAUGGUCACGAGUUGCUAACUCCGCACUAUCAAGAUAUUAGAUUCCUCAGUCCAUACGAGCAGUUCCUCAAGAACACUUCUAUGCAAAAUACAUGUGUACCUAAUAUUGCCGACACAUCCGAAGGAUGUAGAAAAGAGGUGAAAAUACUCGGUAAGAAGCUCGGAACUGGCAUCAUCACUACGACCGAGGAAGGUGAUAUCGUCAAAGUUAUCGAUGACAAACCUAAAUUCGAAAACACGAUGGACUUAUGCGACAAUGCUUUGCAGCAGUGUGCGACCGUGUCGCCGAGACGAUUGCAUCGGCAGCCGCAAAUGGAAAAUGAUGCGGACAACUUUUUGCUCCAAGCUGGCAGUCCCUGCUCGGAUUUUCUGAAUUUCGGUAAUCGCCUCUCCGGAAAAGAUCUGUCGCCCGACGGUCAUAUUGAUAGAAGUCAGAAGGAUGAUCGCGGAGACAAUUUUACGUCUGAAGGAAUGUUGGAUCUAGAUUGACGAAGCGCGGCGGUAGAUAAGAUGGACUCUUACUUCUGGAAUUACUCGUUUUUUGUCGUCGCCACGCUUCUACGAUUCGCCUGGCAAAGUAUUCGUGCGUUGCUUCGAUCCUGUUCGGUGCGUACAGAGAAAAAUGGAAGGUAACACGUGAAUAAAAAAUAAUUUAAUUAUGCAACGAGAAAGAAGGUGCAUCUUGGUAAUUUUUUAUAGUUUUCCGUUCUACAAAAGAUUGCACUGACCUAAAUAUGAUAGAUCGAAUUUUUAUUUACGCAUUUUUACUUGCAAAUUUUUGUUGCUAAACAAUGGGUGGUACCAUGUGAAAAUUGUGCUAAUAUUUUUGAGAGUACGCAACGAUUGAUUUGCCGCCAACAUGGCUGAAUAAAAUAUCUUUUAAAGAAAAUUGAGAAUAUAUAUUUUUCAAUAAAUUGUAAUAAGUAUCUCUCUUAUAAAAUAUGUUUGUAAAUUGAAAUAUUCAAUAUUUCAGAUAUUUAAUUUCAUUAAUCCUUAUAUACGAAUAAUUCUUAAAUUACGCUAUAUUGUUACUUUCGAGUUUUCUAUACUAAUUUACGUAAUAUGAUUGUAUAAAUCUGUCCAGUAUUUUAUAUUCAGAUAUUUGAAUGUUGAAGAAUAAAGUAUAAAUAAAAGUC